CAGACAACAAACCCGGUUAGAGUGAGAGAUAAAUGGCGUUUACCGUCCGCGUCUUUCAGUGUCAAUGUUUGUGCGUUUGAUGUGUAAAUAAUAAUAAAAUCGUUACAAUAUUUACCCGUUGCGAGAAAAAACUUUGAAUACAUACGCACGUCCGCAAAUAGUCUUGAUCACGUUGCCGUUUCCGAUCGUCGAUAGUAGCUACAACAGCGGCCGCCGUACAAACUUUCACACGCGGACCGCGGCUACAGCCGACACUUUAGCAAACUGGAAGACAUGGCGCAACAACCUAAUGCCAAUGGCCGGUCCAAUGGACCUGGCCGAGAUGAUGAUAAGAAACUGUUUGUUGGCGGCCUAGGCAGAACCAUUAGCGAAAAAGAAUUAAGGGAGUAUUUCACACAGUAUGGUGAGAUAGAAAACAUCAACAUCAAGACCGACCCGUUUUCCGGACAAUCCAGAGGGUUUGCGUUUGUACAGUUUGUGAACGCCAAGACUGUGGACGAUUUAUUGGCUGCUGGGGAUCACUUUAUCGCAAACAAAAAAGUUGAUCCCAAGAGGGUAACUAAAAAAGUUAACCCACUGCGUUGUAAAAUUUUUGUUGGAGGCUUAACUUCUGAAAUGACUGAACAAGAUGUACGGAAUUAUUUUGUUCAAUUUGGUCAAAUAUCCGAGUAUCAACAACCUUUUGAUAAAAUGAAAAACCAAAAGAAGGGUUUUUGUUUCAUAACGUUUGAAGAUUCUGAAGUUGUUAAUCAAGUAUUGAAGAAUCCCAAACAAGUUAUUAAUGGUAAAGAAGUAGAUGUAAAAAAAGUCAAGUUCAAUCCUGAAACAAUGACUGCUCCUGGAACCAGGACUGGUCCAGUAGGUGGUGCUAGACCUCCUGCUACUUUUGGCUUGAGACCAGCAUAUCCUGGUUACAUGGCACCGGCAGCUGCUUCGCCUUAUGGUACUGCUGCAGAUUAUGGUUAUGCAGCUAAUGCUUAUGAUGCAUAUGGUGCCUAUGGUGGAUAUGAUUACUCCGCAAUUGGCUAUGGAGGAGGAAGUGGUGGUGGUGGUGGUGGUGGUUAUCCAGCACAAGCCUAUGGAGGUGGCAAGUAUCGAGAAGCAACAUAUCCACGACAUGCGCCUUACUGAAUUAAAAAGGCAAGUAUAACGUUUGACGAAUAAUCCUGGCGGACACAUUAAGACUGUGUUAUUAUUCAAUUUUCACCGCAUUUCUGUAUGAUAUUAAAUACGUACUACCAUAAAAACAUAACUCAAAAUUAUUUGUUAUAUUAUACAAAAGUUUGUUAUUAUUUAUAACAAAAUUAUAAGCCUAAUUGAACAGGUUAAAUAUUAAGGUCUAAUUAUGAUGUAAAUAAAUAUUUAUAAAUUUUUUUGUAUAUCAUUUUAGUAACCUACUAUUAGAUACUUGAGGUUAGUGACUAUAAAAGUAACUUCAAUUUAAACCUUUAUCAAAAUGGCAUCCUUGACAUCUGUAACUUUUGAGUUUCCUCAAUAUGUUGAAUAUUUGUAUUUUGUUGUUGAAUAAUUUUGUAUAAAGUCACUGUAUUUCUGGCUUCUACUUAGUUCAUUCUGGCUUUGUGAAUAUUAAUCUACUAUAAUAGAUCUAAAAUUGUAUGGUCAUAUAUUAAUUAUUUCCAUGUUUGUGUUGAGUAUUAAUUGCUUAACAUACAAAAAUUAUAUUUUAAUAGUCAAUUAUUUUGUUUUUUUUUUUUUUUUUUGUAUAAUAUAUAUAUACAGAAAUAUGUAUAUUCCAAAAAUUGGAAUUUUUCUUCUUGUGUUAUUACAUCUUUAGUAUUAUAUUUUGAAGACUUGUUUCUAUAAAAUAUGUCUAAAAAAUUACAAGGGUUAUAAUAUAAUAAUUUAAUCUGGUCAUCUGGAUAUGUCAGUUAAUUAGGUUGUAUUAGAAUUAAGUUUAAUUUAAAUUCUUUUCUUACAAUAUUCACGUUUAAUUAAUUUUUGUGUG